ACGGCAAGAGAGGAGCGUUGUUGGCACUAAAAAACAACACGUUUUCAAGGGGGUGCAAACAGCAAGCGACUGAGGUGUAAACAAGUCGGGAAAAAUCCUAAAGCUGAGUCUGCACCGUGCGGUGCCAAGUUGAGCCUGACGAGGGCGAUGUCUGACAACAGCAGCAGCACCGGCAGCACUGGCUCCUCCACCAACAGCUGGACCCUCCUCUCCCCCGAGGAGGCUGCUGUUGAGAAUGUCGGGCCAGUAGAUGACGGCACUGAGAGCCUGGGCGACGUCCCGAGUCUCUCUGAGGAUGUGACAGGAGCUGCUGCGAGCGACAUUGCAGUGGAAACCGUCCUGUCUGAAGAAGGCCAUCAGCAUGAAUGUACAGACAGUGUGAGAGUAUUCAAUUCCAGCGUGUGUCAAGAGACCUCUCCAGAGUCCGGUGAGGGUCCCAUCCCGUCUAGUCCAAUCAGGAUGAGUCCCCUCCCGGCCGACCUCAUCGAUCGUCCAGACCUGGACCUGGAGAGUCAGCCUCCGGUCAUCCAUGACAUCGUAACCAGCUCCCCGAGUGACAAUGAGCACCUGGGAGCCACGCCCUUUGUCACCAACAUUGAUUCGGGGGCACUGCUCGAUAUUGCUGCCGCUGAUUUCCUCACGGCUGAGCCUGAGGAGUGCUGCUCCGCCCCUCCUCUGACUGAGACCCACCCCGCUACAGAACAAGUACUGGACGCGUCUGCUGACUUUGGGCCGAGUUCUGUAUUUGCUGCUGAACCUGAGGUCAACGUCGCCAUAGAGACCCUAACAGCGACUGGUCCUCCCUCUUGUGUUGAUGCUGAGAGCACUGAGCCACCAAGCCAAGUUCCAGAGAGCCUGGGGACCGAGAGCCCCAUCAAUGAUAGUCCUGCACCAGAGACUGUUGGUCCAGUAGAGGCAGAGGAAAAGGAGGAGGUGGUGGUGGAGGAGGAGGUAGCGGGGGAGGCGGCUGCGGCGGUGGUGGCGGCGGCUGUGGAAAAGGAGGAGAUGGAGCUGCCCGAGACAGUGACCCAGUAUGAGAGAGAACAGGAAGAAGGAGAAGAAGAAGAUGAAGAAGAAGAAGGGGGAGAAUCAUCCAGCACUUUUGAGUUGGGCGAAACAUGCAGCUUUGAUGAUGGACUGAGGAGGAGGAAUGCCCCUUCCUUCGAGUCGCCAAGGCCAAGAACGUCUGAUGAGGAAGACGACGAAGAGGACGUGGAGUUCAAGCUGGCAGAGAGAACGGAGGAGAAGCCAUGGUUCUCCUUGAACAAAUGCAUUGUGGGUUCUCUGAUCCUGCUCUUCUUAGGUUCCCUCUUCCUCUCAGGUGACUUUGACGCCUCUGAACUCAGUGAUGGAGAACAAAACCAGGACGGGCUUAGCAGUGAUCCGCAGUAUAUGAAAGAGCUAUUGGAUAAAUUGACACGGGAAAACCAGCAGAUCACUCAACUAGAGACUCAACUACAGGCUCAGAAAGAAGAACUGGACUCGGCGCUGGAGGCCGUCGCAGCGAGCGGUGAUGAAAAGGGUGAAGCAGAUCUGCACAAAGAGAACGUGAAGCUGAAGGAGGAGCUGUUGUCUCUGCCUGAGCUGAAGAAAGAGCUGGAGAGUCUGAGGUCCAGGGUGACCGAACUCAGCCAGCUCUCAGCCGAUCAAGAAAAGCCCCCUGCUACCUCAAGCUCUGGCCCUCAGCCGGGGGACAAAGAUGGUCAGAGUAACGAGGAAGCUGCUGGACUUGAAAGAAGGAAGGACACAAGUAAAGGAGGAAGGCUGAAGGAAGAUCUCCAGAGGCAGAAAGUUCUUCUGGAGGAGAGCAAGAAGAGACUGCAAGGGAUGAGGAAAGAUGGAGGCGAGAGGAAACGCGUAAGAAAUAGUUUGGAGGAGAUCCAGAAGAAGCUUUCUGAACAGGUUGAGAGGUGGAGUAAGAAGAAGCCUCAGGAGGCCAAAUGGAAAGGGAACAAGGGCAAAAACAAUGAGCGGGAACACUGGAAGAAAGAGGUCAAGAAGGAGUGGAAGCACAGCAAAGAGGGAGAAGAGAAGAAAGGGAAGGAGUGGAACUCUCACAAAGAGACGUGGAGGAAACACCAGGACGAGUGGGAGAAGAAGAAGGACGAGCGCCGGAUGGACAGAGAGGAGAGGAGGAAGGAGAAACCGGGGCCGGGUAAGAACUCCCACGACCACCAUCAGCACCAGCAUCAGCAGCACCAGCCCCGUCAGCGCCACCAGUGCCAACACAACGGCUACUGGAGGGAACAAGAGCAGAAGCUGAGGCGCAACGUCCGCGCCCAGCCGGGCUGCGGCUCCGCGGAGGACUGCGCCGGCAAGGAGGGGCUCUACCCGGUGGAGCUGGCCGAGUUCGAGGAGCUGCUGGAGGGCUAUCUGAGCAAGCUGGAAGGAUCCUCGGCGGAGAGCAAAGACCAGAUCAGGAAGCUGACGGCCACGUUCUUCGAGGACGGCGGCUUCAUCCACGACAGGGUUCGGUUCGGCGACUUCGUCGAGGACGUGGCGGACAUUCUGGAGGACGUGGCGGACGCUCUGGAGGAGGGCGGCCGAGAGGACGCCGACUCCCUGGAGGCGGAGAUGGAGGAGUUUGAACGAGAAGCCCUGUGGAAGUUUGCAGCCACAGUUUAAAUAGACAUCGAGGGACAAAGGAGUGAAAUAAAGCACUAGGAAACAGCACAAAUGGUGUUUUGAUAUGACAUUUCUUGCCUACACUCGCCUCUUCAGAGAUGUCAUCGUCGUAGCUUCUGGCACAGAGCGGCCGUGCCUCUCGUACAUGUCCCUCCGAGUCUUAAAUUAUAAGCUAGACUCGGACUUGUCUUUUUGGACUUAGCUGUCGUUACCUACCUCCGUCAUGCCUCCUCAUGCCAGGUCCUUCAGUAAUGUGUGCUGUGGUUUCUUCCUCUGCUGUUUAGUGUUUUCUCGAUACGUCGCGCAUGUUGCAGGUCACCAUGUAAAGUCCAACUGAUAAUACGUGGAACACACACAAAAGAAACCUUUAAGGAGACGGUCCGUAUACUUCAUGUCUUAUAUGAGUGUUGGUGUUACAUUUGACUGUGAACUCCAGCUGCCGCUUCACCCGAGCAGGUUCAAACAAAUGCUGAGAGCGUCUGUGCAGAAACAGAGCGUUCGCCUGCAGUCCGAUCCCACAAGAUGGGAUCCCGUUGCUCUCACAGAUAAGAACCCGAUCAGGUCAGACCAGUUUUGCGCCAGCAGCUCUUUAGUAGAUUUGGGCAGACGCACACAGAGUGCGGUUUGAGAGCCCUGAGCGUUUGGCAUCAAGACGUGACAGACUUCUCAACCCUCAGCCCCCAACUGUCAGUCGACGGCAUUUGUGAUGAACAACCAUGGGAACUGUGUUGGGAAACAGAGCUGCUUAAAAAAGUAAAGCAAUAGGUGAAAAAGUGCGAGUAGCUAAAUCUGCUAAACCUCGUUAGCACUUUUCAAAAACAUUCACAUUUACUGCAAAACAAAAGACCCUGAGUUAGUUGUGAUGUAGCCAUGGGGCCCUGUAACACAGGAUCUGCUCAUGCUGGGUAUCCCAGAGCCAGAGUUACUUCACCUUCAGUCGACCAGUCGGCAUUUUAUUCUCCAUUUUCCUCUUAUGUUGGCGGCAGGUUGAUAUUAGCUGACAUGACAAGUAAUUAGGGCAAAUAAUAAAUAAAAUGAAAAAAUUAGGAAGCUGCUGCAUUUUGUUUUGUUUUACAUUUUAAGUUAAAUGAGCCCGGCCAAAGGUAGAAGAAAAAGUAUUGCAGACCUGCUCCUCGCAGAUGGCUAUAGUUCUUUGAGUUGUUCUAAUUUUGGUUUUGUGUUUUAUCCUAUUCGAUCUCCUUUCAGGUGGAUGUGAAGUUAAAGUCGACAGAUUACAAUUGUUGUUCUCAUUUUUCAGUGGUUGAGAGAAGCUCUGGAGUGUUGAUGUUUAUUUAUUCUGUCGCCACACUGCAACUCCUUUAUUCUUUCAUGAGACUUCGACCCAGGCCAUACACGUUGCCAGUGGAAAUGGACAGGUUUCAGCUUGAUUUCCUAAAUUUAGUUUGCCAGCUAUUGCCUAUGUGCCUUUAUUAUUAUUCUGAAUAUCUUUAAGACCUAAGAUUUAAUUUGCUUCUGCGAGAUGAAGAAGAAAACAAGUUUACACAGCUCGCAAUGUGACUGUUGUUUAGGACAGGCUGAAUGUCACAUGGUUUACACAUGAAGGUGUUUCUGUUCAAAGUUCUCUGCACAGAGGAACACUUUUACUUUAAACUUUGUUUACACCAAAGCUAUUGGAAGAAGACAAUCAUUAAACAAAUCACUUUGAAGAAUGUUUCAUCGAUAUUUGAGUAUUUUUGUCUUUUGUGGGAUAACUUACUUAAUGCCGCUGGCUCAGAUGUGCAUGUAAUUGAUCUUUGGACAAAUGUAUUAAAACAUUCAUUCAACCAUCAUCAGUUAUGUCCUCUUAAGGAAGCCAGUGCUAAGUUCAAUACAUGUUUCACCGUUAAAUGUGUAUAUUUUGUCUUUAUUGAAAUGCUUCGGUUGAUUCAUUACAUGUUGACAAUAAACCAGCAUCACAGAAUUCA